AUUUGCUUCAUAACCUCAGGAAGUACGUUUUGAUUAUUAAGUUUCUUUGUGAGCAAUUUUCCAAAAUCUCUUCAAGUUACUAUGACAACAGAAAUGUACUGACUACAUUUGCUACUGUGUAAAACAUUUGUAGAGUUGGUUUUUAUGCUAACCACCUUAGCGUGCUAGAAGUUUUUUUUUUUUUUUUUUAAGCUGACAUGUUGCUACAUUUCCUGGCAAUUUGUUGAGUGCUGUGCAAUGGCACAAAAUCACUGACACGACUGUUUUUCAGCACAUGUUCAUAUUUCUGGUUGCACAACAUGCAGUCUAAGUUGGGACAUAUCCUUAGAAAUACUGCUUAAUAGCACUAAUGGUGGUCUAAUCUUUAUGCAUCCUGCACCUUUAAUAUCAGGAGGGGAUUUUUUUAAUGAUACAAAUAUUACAAAUACUAUGUUCAUAUUUUGCCAUCUUGUCAAAUCCCAAAUACCCAAUCAGAUUUUAAAGCCGGUUCAUGGAAACUUUACAGUUCACAUAGAAUUAAUUUCUGAUUAAAAUAUAAGUGAUUAAAUCUAAAUGCUGUCAUCGUCCCACAUUCAACAGAGAGCGCCUACGGACACACAGUAUUGAGUCAUCUGGGAAGCUGAAGAUCUCCCCUGAGCAGCACUGUGACUUCACUGCAGAGGAUCUGAGAGACCUUGGUGAGAUUGGCCGUGGGGCGUAUGGCUCCGUCAACAAGAUGGUCCACAAACCCACAGGCCAGAUCAUGGCUGUCAAGAGGAUUCGCUCCACUGUGGAUGAGAAGGAGCAGAAGCAGCUGCUGAUGGACCUUGAUGUAGUGAUGAGGAGUAGUGACUGUCCCUACAUUGUGCAGUUCUAUGGCGCCCUCUUCAGGGAGGGGGACUGUUGGAUUUGUAUGGAACUUAUGUCUACCUCAUUAGACAAAUUCUACAAAUAUGUAUAUUGUGCAUUAGAUGACGUCAUUCCAGAGGAAAUAUUAGGCAAAAUAACAUUAGCAACCGUUAAAGCACUGAACCACUUAAAAGAAAACUUGAAAAUAAUUCACAGAGACAUCAAACCUUCCAACAUUCUUAUGGACCGAAAGGGGAAUAUCAAACUGUGCGAUUUUGGCAUUAGCGGCCAGCUGGUGGACUCCAUAGCCAAGACCAGAGAUGCAGGCUGCAGGCCUUACAUGGCACCUGAAAGGAUAGACCCCAGUGCUUCUAGACAAGGCUAUGAUGUCCGGUCCGAUGUAUGGAGUUUGGGAAUCACCCUGUAUGAGCUGGCAACAGGAAGAUUCCCCUACCCUAAGUGGAAUAGUGUUUUCGAUCAGCUGACGCAGGUGGUAAAAGGCGAGCCUCCCCAGCUCAGCAACUCAGAGGAGAGGCAGUUCUCCCCCAAGUUCACCAACUUUGUUAACCUAUGCCUUACAAAGGAUGAAUCAAAAAGGCCAAAGUACAAGGAGCUUCUGAAACACCCUUUCAUUCUGAUGUAUGAGGAGCGUUUUGUGGACGUCGCCAGCUAUGUGUGUCGCAUUCUGGAUCAGAUCCCUGCCUCUCCUAUCUCGCCCAUGUAUGUCGACUGACAGUUAGUCCAGUGAGGGUUGGGGGAGGGGGGUCAUUAGCCAACAGUGGGUUGGACACCAAGUUUUGUGACGCGACGUUUGACAUCUUAGCCCUAAGAGUUAGGUGGGAUCACCAGUUUUUUUUUUUGUUUUUUUUUUUC